GACGUGGAUGGCGGAGCGCCAGGAGGUGGACCGGUGUCUCAUGAACGGCAAGACGGAGGAGGAGUGUCACAACUUCAUGAAGGUGGUUGCGCCACGAGGAGACGGACUCCUCUUUGUGUGCGGCACCAACGCAUACAGCCCCACGUGCAGGAACUACCAGCUGGCGGACCUGUCCUUCACUGGGGAGCAAACGAGUGGCCUCGCCAAGUGUCCCUUCGACCCCCGGCAGGGAGGGGCGGCUGCCUUCGCAGGUCCGUGGGCGAGCGUCUCUACUCGUCGCCACGGCCGUGGACCCCCUGGGGGUGGACGCGGUGGUCUACGGGAGCCUGGGGCCCGGGCCCCCCCGCGCUCCCUCAAACUCGACUCCAAGUGGCUCAAGGAGCCCGUGUUCGUGAGGGUGCUGGAGCACGGGCAGCAUGUCUACUUCUUCUUCACGGAGAUCGCCGUUGAGCUCAGCUCCAUGGGCAAGGUGCUGUUCUCGCGCGUGGCGCGCGUCUGCAAGAGCGACGCGGGGGGCUCUCAGCGCGUGCUGGAUGGCCACUGGAGCUCGUUCGUGAAGGCGCGACUCAACUGCUCGGUGGGGGGCGAGGCGCCGGGGGACGCCCCCUUCUACUUCAACGAGCUCCAGGGGGUCUCCGAGGUGCUCCACAUCGGGGGUCGCGAGCUCGUGCUCGGGGUCUUCACCACCCCCCUCAACAGCAUCCACGGCUCGGCCGUGUGCGCGUUCGACAUGGAGGACGUGGCCAGCACCUUCCAGGGCCGCUACCGGGAGCAGCGAGGGCCCGACGGCCCCUGCUCGCCGUGCCGGAGGCCCGGUGCGUGUGCGGGCGAGGGGGAGGCGGCUGCGUUCCCCCGCUCGCCGCUGCUGCCGGACGAGGCGCUGAGCUUCGCCAAGACGCACACCGCUGGCUCACCGCGCCGUCAACGCCGUCUCCCGCAGCCCUGGUUCGUGCGCUCCGGCACCCGCUACCGGCUGACCCACAUCGCGGUGGGACGUGAGGGCGGGGCGCCACGGCAAACGAGACGCUGUGGCGAUGCGGUCCCCGCGCGCGUGCGGGCGCUGCUCGUGGACGCGGAGCGCCACGCCGUCUUCCUCGCCUUCUCCUCCUGCGUGCUGCGCCUCCCGCUCAGCCACUGCGCGCGGCACGCAGACUGCAAGAAGUGCGGGCUUGCCUGGCGUCCCGGGACCCUACUGCGCCUGGUCGGGGGGGACCUGCAGCCGCGUCACGCCAUCAUCCCACGGCAGGACUCCGUUGUGACGUCCAGCGGAGCGAUCCGCGAGCCGCGGGUCUCCACCUCCCCGGGCCGCGUCCCCGCCGGCAUCGUGUGGCUCUGCCUGCUCGGCGCCUUCGCUCUCGGCGCGGCGCUCUCCUGCGUCGCCACCGUCUGCCUCUUCCGGCGCUGCCGGCCCCGGCGGCCCGAGCGGCCGCGCAAGCCGCCGCCCGCGGCGCCGGCCCCGGGCGCCGGCCCGGGGCCGGCGGGGCCCUACGGCCGUUCGCGGCUGCUCGAGGAGCUGCUGCUGGAGGGCGCCGCGCGGGGCAAGGUCGACGCCGUGGCCAGGUCGGCCGCGCUGCUCGUGCCGCUCAUGGCCGUCGGCAAGGUGGACGUGACGGCGCUCGAGUGGGCGGGGGGGCUCCCCCCGCCGUUCCCCCGUGCCGGCGGCCGCCCCCUCCCCGAGCUGGCGGCGCUGCCCACCCCCGAGUCGCCCCGCCCGCGACGCGCAGGAAGGCGCGGCGGGGGCGGCGCGACCCCCGGCCGCGGCCGUCGCCCGUCGCGACCGCCGCGGCCGCCGCCGCCGCUUUCGCCGUUUGGCCCCGGGAGAGCGCCGGAACCGCGGCGGUCAAGCCGGCGCCGGCCCCAAGCCGCCGGGCGCCGCUCCCCCUCCGGCGCCUCCCACCGGCGCUCCCCCACCCCGCGCGCCGGCCUCCUCCUCCUCCGGGCGCGCAGCGCCGCCGUGCGGACGCUAAGCGCCGGGAGCGGACGGGGGGAGCGCCCGCCCGGCCCGGGGACGCUGCGGAGCCGCCGCCGGCGCCCCGGAGGCGCGACGAGCGAACAUCGGCGGUGGUCGAGGCCGGACGGCGCCACGCAGCGCCACGACCAAGGGCUUCGGGAGACGCAGCAGCUGCAGGUUGAAUGGAGCCGCUUCAAGAGAACGUAA